UGCAAUUCGUAUGCGAGCAAUUAAAUUCCGUAUUUUCGAACACCCUUCGAAAUAGAUUUCGCGUACGAGUAAAGGCGGGAACAGACUAAGCAAACAUUGUUGAGCAACAGCUGAGCAACUGUUGAGCAAGAGUUGAUCAACUGUUGGCAAAAAAACGUCGAUGAUUGUUGGAAAACAUCGGCGAACCUUGUUGCUGAAAAGUUCGUUCAGUCGAGCCAAAAUAUGCGACGAAGACGAUACUUUACUCGCUGUUCAAAAACUUUACUCGGGUCAAUGCAACCGCAUUUGAAAGUCUCAUCGUUAUGAUCGGACCUAAAAUUGCAAAAAAAAUACAAACUUUCGGGAAGCCAUAUGCGUGAAAACAAGAUUAAUGAUAACUUUAAGGCCACUGGAGAUUCAUAUGUCAGUAUAAUGUAUCUAUUUCAAAUUUCUAAACAGCUAAUUGGUCCUAUAGUUCCUGAAACUUGCGAAGCCCUUAUAGAAGCAUUGGCAGAUCAUAUUCAGUUACCAGAAGAGUGGCUCAAAAUUUCCGAUGACUAUGAAAACUUAUGGAAUUUUCCUCAAUGCUUAGGAGCUAUUGACGGUAAACACGUCGUACUACAAUGCCCCUUGAGAAGUGGAAGCGAAUAUUAUAAUUACAAGGACUUUUUUAGUAUUGUCCUUAUGGCAGUAGUAGAUGCAAAGUAUCGAUUUUUAUACGUAAACGUGGGAUGUCAAGGACGAAUUUCGGAUGGUGGUGUUUUUAAAAAUACACUUUUCGCGAGAAAACUAAAUGAUGGGACUUUAAAUUUACCAGCUGAAAAACUCCUGCCAGGACAACAGGACGGAACAACACCUUUUGUAUUUGUUUGCGACGAUGCGUUUCCUCUACAGGAAAACCUGAUGAAACCAUUUCCCGGCGAACAUUUGAAGGGGACGUUCCAACGCUCAUUUAAUUAUAGAUUAUCGCGAGCAAGACGAGUAGUGGAAAAUGCUUUUGGCGUUAUGUCGUCUGUAUUUCGAGUUUUACGAAAGCCCUUACUACUGCUGAAAUAAUUGUUCUUACAUGUUGCUGCUUACAUAAUUUUUUACAAAAUACUAAAACAAUCAUGGGCUGUUAUGCUCCCCCUGGAACCUAUGACAAUGAAGAUGUUUCAACGGGUAUUUUGGUUCAUGGAUCUUGGCGAAACGAACCAGAACCUUCAUCUACAUUUAUGAAGUUAAAUAGAAUUGGUAGAAAAUCAA